AUGGCCUUCCCGCCCUUUGGACAUCCUUAUGGUGGCACAUCCCAGUUUCUAGUGUCUGCAAGUUCCAGUGCCACUUGCUGUGAAACUGCCCCACGAUCAGUGUCAGAUGUGGCCUCAGUCUCCACCUCUGCCUCUACUCUUUGCUGUACACCCUAUGACAGUCGAUUGCUGGGCAGUGCUCGGUCAGAGCUGGGUGCUGCCUUGGGCAUCUAUGGGGCACCCUAUGCAGCUGCCCAGAGCUACCCUGGUUACCUACCCUAUGGCCCAGAGCCAUCCCCAUUGUGUGGUACACUGAAUCCUCAGUAUGAGUUUAAGGAUCCUGCAGGAAACUUUACCCCCAGCCUGACCCAGCCAGGGACCUAUUACCCCUAUGAGCCAACUCUGGGGCAGUAUCAAUAUGACAGGUAUGGUGGAGUGGAGUUGAGCAGUGCUGGCCGGAGGAAGAACGCCACGAGGGAGAGCACCAGUGCACUCAAGGCCUGGCUCCACGAGCACCGCAAGAACCCGUACCCCACCAAGGGCGAGAAGAUCAUGCUGGCCAUCAUCACCAAGAUGACCCUCACCCAGGUGUCCACCUGGUUCGCCAAUGCACGCCGGCGCCUCAAGAAAGAGAAUAAGAUGACGUGGGCGCCCAAGAACAAAGGUGGGGAGGAGAGGAAGGCAGACAGCACAGGAGAAGACUCUCUAGGCUGCCUGACAGGUGACACCAAAGCUGCUACUGCCAGCCAGGAGGCCCAGGGGCUGCGACUGAGUGACCUGGAAGACUUGGAGGAAGAGGAGGAAGAGGAGGAAGCAGAUGAAGAUGAGGCAGCGAUCUCAGCAUCUGGCAGGCUGGCGGGUUUUCAGAAAAGCGCACAGUCCCUGCCUGCUCCCUGCACUGCUGCUCAAGAAAGCCGCUUAGAGAGCAGAGAGGGCAGCCUGGUAAUACCUCACUUCUCCUUUACUGAGGCCCCGCGAUCAGGAGAAGCUGACUUCAUUACAGCAGAGCCAAGUGGCCCCACAAUGAUCGUUCACUACCCAAGCAGCCAGAAACCCCGAAUCUGGUCCUUGGCUCACACUGCUGCAGCCAGCACUGUCGAAGAUGCUCCCUCAACCCCGCCCAGGGCACAAAGUCCAGAGUGCCACACGAUUCCCAGACAGCCCAUCUCCAUCAGGCGAUUCCUGGUCUCCAGAGACUCAGCAAUUGAAGAGGAUUCUCUUGCAGCCAAAGCCUUUGGAAACUCCACGUUCGCCCUGCAGGGGUUGCCACUGAAUUGUACGCCCUGCCCGAGGUGGAGGGAGCCUGAAGUGCGCUUCCAGUACCCGUCUGGAGCUGAAGGUAGUGGGACCCCAGAAGCGCUGGGGAGUGCCUGUCCAAAAGAUAACAAACAGCCCAUCACCUUCCCCAGGUCUGAUGAGAGAAUAUCCACAAUACUCUUAAAGUCUAAACACUCCAAAUCUAAAACCAAAUCAUAA